AGUGCAGCGGUGAGCACGGAGAGUACUUCGUGAGCAUCAUCUCCAGCCACGGAGAGGAGGGGCUCGUAUUCGGUUGCGACUCAGAACCGGUUAAGCUGACCCGGAUUUUCCAGAUUUUGUCCUCAGAGAAGUGCCCAGGGCUUACCAAAAUACCCAAAAUCUUCUUUAUCCAGGCUUGCCGAGGGGCAGAAUUCGACAAGGGGGUGGUUGUGGAACGUGACGGCAGGGAGCCCGAGCCAGACUGCUUCUCAGAGUACCUCUCCAUCCCUCCCCAAACCGUCGUGAUGUUCGCCUGCAGCCCAGGUUACGUGGCCUUCCUCAACAUCUUUGGAUCCAUGUUCCUCCAGGCCCUGCUCAAGGUCCUGGAGGGAGAGGACCGUCACCUGGCCCUCAACCGCCUCAUGACCCGCAUCAACUGGGAGGUGGCAUUUUGCUGCCAGGCCAGGGGCACCUACGAGGGAUGCAAGCAGAUGCCCUGCUUCGUCACCAACCUGCUGCAGGAGGUCUUCCCUUUCUCAGCACCCAUGGCGGAGGAGGCAGACGGUGUUUGA